UUGGUUUUUGUAUUGACAUUGACACUUUUGACUUUGACUGAUGACGACCAUGUGAUAAUGUGAUUUUAUUGUUAUGGUUACCGUUGAUUAUUUUUAUCAUAAUUUUACUAGCAUAAACCUUUCCCACAUCUUUUUCCACCUUAUGUUUUGUAUUUAGCAUACUGUCCUUACUUCAAAGUAAAAAUGCAACCUGAACUACAUGUUCAUCCAAACAUUUAUACUAAGCCUUUCCCAAAAUUUGAUCGACCUAAGGUUAUUGGUUACAUUGGUCUCGAGAAUCUCAAAUAUGCACGGCGUCUUUGUAACGAAAGAGUACAUUAUGACUUAAAUCUUCAUUUAGAUAGGGCUAUCCAUCAUCCCCCUGACCGGGACGUGAAAUUAAUAGACCUACAUAGGUUUUUAUUAGAACAUGAACAUCGCUUAAAAUUUCCCUUGGAAAAUAGCCUAGAUAGGUCAAUGUUCUUUUGUUAUCGAGGCCUGAUGACUUGCGUGGCCUGCACCCCAUAUGAGAAUAGAGAGCCAUGGAAAAUUGUAGCUAUACUACACAAAGGAAAUAUUUAUUUAUGUGCACGAGACACAGAAGAUAAAAUUAACAGAAAGCAAAAUAUGACUGAAAGAGAUAAACAGUUUACUUCAUGGGGUUACAAAUUUGAACAGUUUCUUCUAUCAGAUGAGCCAGAUUCAGAGCCAAAUCCUGAUGAACCUGUAGAUGAGACAAAGGAGUUCUCAUUAGUUUUCACAACACACUUGAAUCGUCACACCAUAGUCUAUGGUGCUGAGAUGGAUGGCAUCAGAUGUGAUAAAGCAGCUGUUACCAAACCACCCUCAGAACUGGGACCAGAAGCCAUUGUAAAAUAUUUAUCAGAUAAGGAAUUUGUUGAACUGAAAACCAAUAGACAUAUAGAACAUCCUAGGCAAGAAACCAGUUUUAGGAGAUUUAAAUCAAAGAAAUGGUGGUGUCAGUCAUUUCUAGCUGGAAUAGACACAAUAUUAUGUGGAUACAGAAACGAUGAUGGUAUUGUAGAGGAAUUGAAGAAAUGGAAUAUUAGAGAUUUAGUAAAAAUUUCUCAGAGAUUUUGGAAUCCUGAUGUGUGCUUCAACUUCUUGGAUACUUUCCUUAUAUAUGUGAAGCGUUGCCUAGCAAGAGAAAUAAAACACAAACACGGGGAGGCAUAUUUGAACAGAUUACAAGAUCUGCCAAUGAUUAGCUUGAUGUUUGAGUGGAGUCCCGGCAUGCCUGUCCAAGUGGCUCAACAUUAUUCACAUCAAGAUGAUCCCAUACUACUUCCCUGGUUUAUAGAUAAUUAUGGUAAGGUACAUGGUAACACUGUAAUGUAAAGUAUACCCUCAAACUCUUUUUGUAUUGUUGUACAAAAAUCAAAGAUGACAAACUGAGUUUGUAAUUAUUUGUUAAGUUUAUAAGUUGUAAAGAUAAGCUGAUUUUAUGACACCUUGUAAUGGUUAUAUAUUUAUUUACAUAUAGAUUAUAUUAAUAUUUUUAAUAAAAUUGUUACCCAAUGUUGGGAGCAAGGUGAGGGCUACAGACAGAAACAUUACCUUAAUUAAUUGUUAACAUAUUAUCUGUAUAAUAUUUAGUAAGGCGAUUGUAAUAACGUAAAUAAGAUUAUACAUUAGGUUCAACUUAAGCCCCAUAUUCAUGUUAAUUUUUAUUUAUUAACAAUGCUGACACGGUUGCUAUACAAAACUUUGUGAGUGAAUGAAUGUACAAAUGUUUGAGAAUGAGAUUUUAUGUGAUAUAAUUUUGUACAAUCGAUUUUCAUAUUUUAACCUACUGUUCUGGAAAUGUUUUUUUUUUCAUUGAAUCUGAAGGCCAUUUCACACUUCACUACUUCUACUGAAUGUUAAAAAUGAAAUAUGUACAGACAAACUUUGGAGAUUACUUUAAAAAAAACAUGAGGAAAAGGGGUGCAAAUAAAAAGAAUGGCAACUACUAUCGUACCAUUUAUUAUCACUGCAUAGCAAAUGGUGUAAAUCAACAUCCAUAAAAGACUAAUCAACAACAUGGAUAUUUUCACUUACAACUAGAUAUGCUUAAUAUUUAACUAAUAUGUAUUAUCAUACAUUUUAUAAAAAUAUUUAGAAAAUAAAAACAAUAAUUAACAGAACAACAAAGUUGUAAUAAAAAUUAAAUGGUGUCAUGUAUUAAUACGUUUCAACCAAUAUUAAUGCUGUAUUUAACUAACAAUGAUUUAUUUUAGCAACAAACCUCAUUAUGUGACUGAUUGGUACUUUUAUACAAAACAAAAUAUGUAUACCUAAGUCAUGAAAUUUUAACAAAUAUUCCUAAAAGAAAUCAUAGUUACCAAUGUUAAAUUAUACCAUCUAAUAUAUGUAUGUAUUAAUUUUUAAUCAUAAGGUGUAAAAAAUUUCAUUUCAAAUCUUUGAUUUUUAAAUACAUUGUAAAAUUGAAAAAUACAUAUACAUGAUAAAAUUCAUUUCAUAUUCUAAGCCUGAAAGAAAAUUUCCAGUUGUGUUAGAUUAAAAGUAUUUUUUACACAAUUUAUAUCUCCGUCAUCUCGUUUUGCUGUUAGAUAAAAACAUCAAAUUCAAAUAAUAACUAUCUACAGGUACAAAUUAAUAUUUAAACAAAUGUUUCCUAUACUUACUAAACCAUUCUCUAUUAAAAAAGCAUCUAAACAUUGUCCAAUUUUUGUAAAUAAAUUCUGUAUUUAUAAAAAGUAAAUUUGAAAUAAUUUAACGGAAAUCAAUAAGAAAUUAUUAUCAUGUCAACAGCAUUGUAGACAGUACUCAAAAAGUUAUACGAAGAUUUUUAUGCAUUGAAUUGAAAUUAGCUCAGAAGUGCAAUUAUAGACUUGGUACUGAUGAAUAAAUUUUAUAUACAUAUACAUAAUUCAUAAGUACGAUGAAUCCAAAUCUCACAGAAGAAUUCUUUAAAAUAAAUCGAAUUUAAUAUUUAGAUAUAUGUAU